AUGGGAAGCGUCCGAAUUGUAGCAAAACCUGCGGGUUCAUGUCAAGACGUUCCUACCCCUAUUUCGUAUCCCAAAUUUCCAGUACUUGAGAAUUCCCAGAAUUUUACAAGUGUCCCAUUCACCGGCGAAGCAGCUGAAUGCAAGCCAUUAUCGGCCCCUUUCAUCUGGCUUCCGGAAGCGUCAUCGCUGCAUAGCGAUGGCGGCAAUUCCGGCAGUCAGGACUUUCCCGGACCGCGCGGUGUAAAGACACGCACCAGCGCAAAAGCCCAGCCUGCCUUCGUCUUCCUCUGGGGCCAAGACAAUCAACUGACGUCGGGCUACAUCAAUACAACCACCUUGAAGUACGGACUGGUGGCACUGGAUCCGGAUUCGAUGGACGUACUUGCGGCGUGGUACCCAGAAGAUGACAACCAAGCGCUGAACAUCCCAUACAUGGAGUACAUUGUCAAAACGAACGACGUUCUAGUCAGUUCGGCCCAGGGCAUGAUCUGGGUCGUGCAUCGUGAUACUUGCCAGGGACGCCCUUACUUUAAAACCACGCGUACCGUUGAUCUGCGCCCUCAACUGCAAGAAGGUGAUCAGUUGCUCAACGCCAUGUUUGACAUCGAGAAGAACAUCUGGUUCACUACUGGUGCAGUGCAGCUCGACACCAGCGCCAACGGUACGUUGGCCAACUCAACCACAUAUGGCUACAUCACGCCUAGCAACAAAGUACACAAGGCUCAGCUUGAUGGCGAAACGGUCGAGAAUGGAAUAGCUGUGGCAGGCACCGACGUUUACAUGGUCACAAGCCCGUCUGGCAAAUUCAAUACACCUAAUGCGCCGGGCUACAUGUAUUCGCUGACGACUAAAAGCGGCUCUGAAGGUGGGAUUAGCACACGUUGGCGAGUUCCCUAUUCCGCAGGUGAACGAACCGAACUUGACCCCAACACGGCUAUUUCGGCGCGCGGCUCCGGUGCGACGCCCGCGUUGAUUGCCGAUAAGUAUGUGGCCAUCACCGACAACGAUACUCCUCGCCUGCAUCUCAAUGUGUACCAUCAAGCGCCACAGGCGGAAAGUAGCGCUCAGCUCUUGUGUCAGGUGCCGUUGUUUAUGGACAACAAGGGCUCAGUGCAGAACAGCGUGCUAGCUCAUUAUGAUACCCAGCAAAAACAGUCCGGAAUCAUGAUACUCAACUCGUACGGCGGGCCAGCAUUUUUCACCGGCCAGGACGGACAGGACAUGAAUGGUAAGUUCAACAGCAUGAGAGGUAUGGCCGGCGGAAUUACGCGCGUCGAUGUCGACGAGCACGGCAACUGUUCGGUGCGCUGGACCAAAGAUACCAAGUCCAAGGGCGUGUCUGUGCUCUCCACCAACAACGGGCUAGUCUACCACUAUGUCCAGGACGACCAGCGUGCUAUGACGGAUGACGAGUACGUGUGGUAUCUCAUGGGCCGCUCCUGGGUUACGGGCGAAGAAAAGUUCAAGGUGCGCGCUGGCAGCGGUGGCGCUUUCAACGACAAUUGGAACAGCGGCGCCUUGGGCCCCUGUGGAACCUUUUAUCAGUCCGUUUCCGGAGGCAUCGUGGCUUUCAAAGACGGAGGUGAUAGUAGUUGUUAG